GCCACCACCUGUGGUCGUGUGUGUACUGGGUGUGCUGGUGCUGGCAGCAGCAGUGCACGCGACGAGAUGGAGCACAUGGAGCCGUGCCACUCGUCGCCGCUCGCUUGCUCGCCAAUCCACGCAUGCACCCCUCCCACUCCCUCUGGCCUGCGCGACGAUGGCGGCCUCGCCUCGCCCUCCCACUCCUCACCGAGGGCAUGUCGCCGCCGGAUGGCGGCGACGCCGCUGCUCUUCACGCCAGCCAACCCUCGAGUGCACGUGACGCCGCCGUCCAACCUGCGCCGCGAGUCGCUCGUAGUGCCCUCGUCGGGCGCGCUCCACCGCAUCGGCAAAGGCUCCGGCGUCACCGUCUACCGGAUGAUGCGCUCGCCCGGCCCAUCGGGCCAGCCGCGCUCGCCCUGGGUCAUCAAAAAGGCGGACACCUCGCCUCUCAUCCCGCACGAGCUGCGGCGAGUGGAGCAGACGCUGCGGGACGAGUCGAACCUCCUCGCGCGCAUCACGCACCCCAACAUCGUGGGCUUCCGCGCGGCGCAGCGCGACCCGGACGGCCAGCUGUGCCUCGCGCUCGAGGCGUGCGACUGCUCGCUCUACAGCCUCGUGCAGGAGCGCCAGUUCGCGCGCAUACAGUACGGCGAGCACGACCGCUCGCGCCCGCUCUUUUCGCCCGACGAGGUCCUCAGCGUGGGCUGCGCCGUCGCCGGCGCCCUCGCUUACCUUCACACGGAGCACCGGACGCUGCACGGCGACGUCAAGUCGGCCAACGUGCUGCUCAGCUCCGAGGCCUUCCCCGCGCAGCGCCCCUCCCUCGUCAAGCUCUCCUCCGUGAAGCUGUGCGACCUGGGGGUGUCGCUGCCGCUCCGCCCCGACCUGAGCGGCGUGGUCAGCCCGGAGAGGAACCUCUACGAGGGGACCGAGCCCUGGCGGCCGCCAGAGUGCUUCCGGGACGCACGCGACGAGGGCGGAGCGGCCAGCUGGGCGGGCGAGGGGCCAGCAGAGGGGUGGUGCGUCUGCGACCGGUCAGACGUCUUCGCGCUCGGCCUCGUGCUGUGGGAGAUGCUCACCGGCGACGUGCCCCACUCGAGCGCGCGGUCGGCGCGCGGGGAGGACGGCUACCGCGCCGCCCUCGGCACCCGCCCCGCCCUCGCGUGGGGCGGGGUUCCGCUAGCGGCCGCACACCCAGAGUACGCCUCGUGCGUGGAGCUCUUCGAGUGGUGCACGGAGCGCGACCCCGCCGACCGCCCGUCGGCGAGCACGCUCGAGCACUGGCUCAAGCUCGCGCGGCAGAGCGGCGAGAUGAGCGUAGCGAGGACGAUGUGA